AUGAGCGGGCUUACUACAUCCUUAAACGCAGAGCUUUUACAGCUUUCAAAUGAAGCCCGACGUAAACAUCCUGAAAUCAAAGAGGCAGCGGAAAGAUCGAUAAUAGUUUUACGUACAUUAAAAGAAAGACCUGGAAAGGAUAUAUCACAAGAACUUGCAAAAAAUACCGAGUUCCUACGUCCAUUUCUUCUUGCUUGUGAUUCCAAGCAUGUCAAAUUAAUUACUAUUUCCAUUGGUUGUCUUCACAAAUUAAUAUCACAUCAUGCAAUUCCCGAG